AUGGCAAAGAGCCAAAGAGAUCUAAAAGGAUGGCAAUACUUCUUGGAUGAUGCGGAGUUAAAUAAAAGCGAAAAUGUGAACGGAGAGCCAACAACGCCGUCUCGAAGAAGUCGAAGAGGUAAAUCUACGAGUAGUCAAAAGAUAUCGUUGAAAAGAGACGAAGACGAAUUGGAAAUUCGGGAAGGGGAUUUUUGCUUGUUCAACAAGAUAAUAAUUCCCCGGAGGUUGCAAUUGUUAAAGAGAUUAAAUUUGGUAAUGAUAAUUUUCUAG